AUGCAGGCGUCCUCAUCGACAAGCAGCAACCACACGGCAGACACCACGAGUGGCGGCGUGAUGCAGCUCAAUGUCAGCGGGUACGUCAUGGCCUUCCCGAGUGCGGUGCUGCUGCGCGAUGGGCUGCAGGACACCUGCCUGGCGGUGCUGCUUCAUCGGUUCGGUGACUGGAUGCACAAGGACGCCGACGGGACGAUCUUCAUCGACGCAGAUCCCCUCUACUUCAUUUGGUGAGGGACGCAUGCAGUCAAUGACACUCAUUCACUCACUCGUUGCUUCACUGUUGUAUGUCUGUCUGUCUGUGUUUGUGUGUCAGGUUGGCUGAGAAGCUGACCCGUUUGAAGCAUGGGUGGGUGGACGAGAUCGAGAUCUUCGACGAGGGGCCGCACAUCACCUUCUACCACGACAUUCUCUUCGCCACGUCGCCCAUCGACAUCGACGGACAGCCCGGGGCGAUGCUCAAGAGAUUCAUGGCCAUGAUGGGCGCCUUCAUCAAGUCGUCCAUAAAGGGCGGCAGCGGCGGGAAGGAGGUGCUCAGUGUGACUGUCGACGGCCGCACAGUGGCGACCACCGACGCCACGCUGGCCGACUUCGACACACUCAACGACAGAUUCACCAAGUGAGUAGGGAGGCACACAGGAGGGAGGAAAUAGGGAUGUGCCGUCGUCUCAUCGGCUUCUCUCGUCCCCUCUCUGUUUCUGAUGCAGGUAUGGCGGUGCUCCCAUCGUCGAUGUGUCUGCACACCACAUCGACCUGUGAGCACCCGGACAACCACCGAAAACUAACAGCAACACAGAGCACCUGUGUGUUUCUGUGUCCAGUAUCGUUGACUUCGCUCGUCGCUGCCGCCUGUCCCCCGAUGGGGCCGUCGUCCCGCCGCCGACGUGUGCCGACGAGGACGAGCUGCUGCGUGUGAGUGACAUGUACGGCGUGCUGGAGGCCAUGUACCCCAACAUACUCGCCAACGACGCCGUGCAGAUGCUCCUCGGCAUGACGGGGAAGAAAGAACCGAACAGAACCUGCCUCUACAAGUGAGAAAUGGCAAAGCAGGGAGGGCAGCGUGUUAUGCUCUACGCGAUCGUCGCAUGACUGUGUGUGUCUGUCAGGAGUGCGCUCCACGGUCAUUUGUAUGAGAGUCUGAUGCAGCGUGUGACGGGCCGCAGCGGUCUCCUGUUCGUCAUCAAGUGCGACGAGACCAACACCAUCGCAGCCUUCGUCGACGCACAGCUAUACCUGCCGUCCGACCCCACACCCGAGUUGCACUUUUGGUGCCCCGUGUCGCUGUUUUCGGUUUCGGGUGCGUUCGAGGAGGGCAUCACCAAGAUCGAGCUGCCCCAGGCCGAGCAGUAUGUGGUGGUUGCGGGCACACACAGGGCGCUGAAGGCCCUGUUUGGUUGGACGCCGCUCGGCAUGCUUUCCAUCGCUGGCGGCCGCUUGUGGAUGGGUCGUGAACUGCGUGGCUCGACUGCUGACCUUCACAGGUGCCGACAGUGGGUGGAGAAGGAGGAGCUGCCGGCCGACAGGAAGUUUCUGGCCAAGACCAUCACCAGCGAGGACGCCAGCCUCUGUGGCGCUGAAGACUACUACUUCACAGCCGAGCGGUUGGAGGUCUUCCAGGUCAGUCAGAGGUCAACCAGAGAGCACACAAGGGCGGGCCUGUGGGUAUCAUGACAUCCUUCUUCUCUCUCUGUCCUGUAUGGUGCUGUGCAGGUGUGGAGCGCUGUGCCGCCCGACCCCAUCCUGUCUGCGGCGGGCCUGCGGGCACUCGUCGACGCGACCGGCAUGACACACGCGACACCACAGCUCCUCUACAAGUGAGUAACCGAAAACAGGGAGACUGUUUGUGACUCUUCCGUGUGUAUCUGCCUGUCAGGGCUGAGCGUGACGGGUGGGAGCACGACGCCAUGCUCAAGAAUGUUGGCGUCGCCACCGACCUCCUGCUGCUGCUCAAAGACCUCAGCGGUCCCAUCAUCGCCUGCCACAUCGAGGGCGGGCUCACCCCACCCCCCAACCCCACUCGAGUGGCGAAGAGCUCCUGUGCCGUGUCGCUGUUUUCGGUGUCUUGUGCGUUUGAGGGCGACGGCAUCACCAAGAUCGAGCCGCUGAAUGACGAGCAGUCUGUCUGGGUAGCGGGCACACGUGGGGCGGUCAAGAACGUCAUGUGUGAGCCGGCCGGCAAGGUGUGCAUCGGUGAGAUGAUCCAUAAGGCGCCCGGCCGCCUGUGGCUGGGAUUUGCCGCUGCCGACCUUCGCCGGUGCGCUCAGUGGCUGCUGAAGGACUGCCUGCCGGCCGGCAAGAAUUACAUCGGAACCAUCGACAACCAGAGUCGCGCCAGCCUGGCCUCCGACAUUCGCUUCACCCUCGCCGAUUUGGAGAUCUACACACUGCAGGUUAGCAAGGAGGAAUGAACGAAUGAAUUCGUCUCUUCGCCUCCCCGUCUCUCUCUCUCUCUGUGUGUGUGUGUGUGUGUGUGUGCGUGUGUGCAGCCGUCUGCUGGCGAGUGCCGUCGCCUCGAUGAUGACCUCGAGCAGCCCGUGACAGCUUUUGAGGGAGGCAGAGGAGGCCGACAGGCAAGGAUGCGUGUGUUCUGGAGAAGUGUCCGUGGUGCGCUGAGGUGUGGGUCAUCGUGCACACAAGACUAG